AUGAAGCUCGUUCUCUUGGAUGCCGGAAAGAAGGAAUGGGCAAAGGAUUGGGGCAAAAGUUUCGCAAAGCUUAGCUUUUCACUUUCUAUCCUUUCUGAUGAAUCCUCCUCCGUCUUCCCACUUUUUAAACAAACAACCCACACCAGCUUCUCCAAGCUGGCGCAGCCAUUCCCGUCCUUUACAUUUGUGCGGCCCAGCAUGUCGCUCCCAUUCCCAACAUCCAGGUUCGGGCCUGGCUUCACGGUCCCGACCGCCGUAACCGUCACAGAAGGGGGGAGAACAGUCACAUUCACGCCCACGCCCACGGGCGGCACCACCUCGGACUCGUCGCCCUUCCCGGACAACAUCCUUCAGCAGUCCGGCCUCGCGCCGGGACAAAUCAUCGGCAUCACCGUCGGCGCCACCUCGGGCCUCGUCUUCUUCGUCGUCGCCCUCGUCUGGUUCUGGAACAGGAGGAGGGCCCGCAAGCUCGCCGCGCGGGAUGAGGCGCUCGACACCGUCAUGGAGGAUCCGGAGAAGCCCGACGACGCGGCCAUGAUGAUGGCGCAGAACACGGGGGAGACUGUCGAACUACCGGCACCGCGCGUGGUACACGAGAUGCCUGAGACGCGUGAAGGCCCGCCUGUGGAACUCCCUGCUCCCGUUGAGAGGCACGAAAUGCCUGCGUAA